GCCGCCGGCGCGCCGCCCGCCCCCCACCCCGCCCCUGCCCUGCGCGCCGCAGCCCCGGGUCCGGCGGGCGCGGGGAGCCGAGCGGACAGCGAGCGCGGCCGCCGCGGAGCCGGCACCUGGAGGCCAUGGAGGACAGAUCGGCAGAGUCCGGCGCCAGUGUGGAUGACUCGGCGUCCCCCUCGGUGGCCCAGCUGGCUGGGCGGUUCAGGGAGCAGGCUGCCGCUGCAAAGGAGACACCAGCCUGUAAACCGACAAGAAGGAAACCGCCCUGCUCCCUCCCUCUGUUCCCCCCCAAGGUAGAGCUGGGCCAGAACGGUGAGGAGAAAUCAUCGCCCAAUGCAAGCCAUCCUCCUAAAAUCAAGGUGAAGAGCUCGCCUCUGAUUGAGAAGCUUCAGGCCAAUUUAGCUUUCGAUCCAGCAGCCCUGCUACCUGGGGCCUCACCCAAGAGUCCUGGACUUAAGGCUGCGGUGUCACCAUUCCAGAGCCCACCUUCCACCCCCAGCAGCCCUGGCGUGCGGUCUCAGGAGCCAGAGGAGGUGCCAGUUAGCUUUGACCAGCCUCCUGAAGGGAGCCAUCUGCCCUGUUACAAUAAGGUGCGGACGAAGGGCUCGAUAAAAAGGCGCCCUCCCUCCAGACGAUUCCGAAGGUCUCAGUCGGACUGUGGGGACCUGGGAGAUUUCAGGGCCCCCGAGUCAUCCCAGGAGAAUGGUGCCAAGGAAGAGAAUGGGGAUGAGGUGUUCCCAUCCAAGAGCAAGGCCCUGGCUUCCCCUCCCCCCGGCGAGGGGCCGGUGGGGGAGGAAGUGGGGAGGCAGCUGGGGUCUCAAGAGAAGCCUCCUCUGAGGAGGACGUCCAGCAGGACGGAGAAGCAGGAGGAGAAGGGCAGGGCCGUGGAUGAAGCCCAGCAUCCCCACAAGGCUGUGGGGGGCUCUGAAGAGGAGGCCAGCCCACAUCCAGCCCCGGGGGAGGCUGUCCAACCAGCCCAAGCCUCCAACCCAGAGGCAGCAAACGGAGGUAGGAGCCCCAGAGAAGAAAAAGCAGCCGGAAAAGAGACAGCAGAGUCUGAGGAGGUGAAGGUGGAGAGAGCAGGAAAUGAAGAGGAGGAGGCCAGACAAAGGAACCGAGACCCCAAGGGGCCGGUGGACGGAGCAGUGGGGGAGGCCUCACCAAGCCCCCCUGAAGGGGUGGAGGGCCCCCGCACCCCGGAGCAGGGCAAAGGUGAGGAAGGGGCCAUUCUGGAGCCCGGCUGCAACCCCCACCAUGAGGCCCCCAAGACCGAGGAUAACACCCCUGUCAAGGACACUAAAAUGUGAAGAAGAGCUCACUGUGCCUAGUGAUGAGGCUGCUGCAGACAUCUCUUUUGAAGGAGAAGCAACAAGAGAAAGAGAAAAAUGAAGCCAUCGCCGAAGCAGAAUUCGUGGAGGGUCUGGAGGCAGCCCGAAGAUAUAGAUUGCGUUGUUUCCCGUCUCCACGCCGAAUGUUCCCUCGCAAAGAUCAGUCCAAGGGCAGCAGGCUUUAAUCAGCUUGAGUUUGUGUCACUUGAUGGACUUGGUUUAAAAAAGAAGAAAAAAAAACUUAUUUAAAACAAUUUACUGCGGCGACAGCUCCCCGGGAUACUGGUCAACCUGUGGGGCCUGGAUCCUAUCCACAACCACCUGUCCCUGUGGCUGACCUCGGAACUGGAUUCUAAUUUAGCUUCUCAUAUUUUGUUUUGUGUAAAGCGAUAGCCUUUUUAAUGUUCUGAAGCUUUUAUGAUUCUCAGAUGGAAGUAAAAACUAAUUUCAGGUGCAGGAAACAAAAGAAAAUCGUGUUGCUGAAAAUAUAAAUCCCGUAAGUUACAGAAGACCUUAAAUUGUAUCAAGACCCUUGAGACAGCCUCUCAGCUUUGUCCAAAUUGGAGCGGGCCAACCAAUUUCUAAAGCCUUGGCCUGGAAGAGAUACUUAUUGCAACAUUAAAAAAUAUGUAUCUGUUCCAGCAAUAGGAACCUUUCCUGUCCAGGAGUUUUCAAGCGGCUGGUACACUGAGAGGUGACAGGCUCAGUCCAGUGGAGGCAAGGAGCAGAUCUCCUGGAGAAGCAGAUGCCAGGUGUCAUGGCCCUUCCUCAUCCUGAAAGCAGAGCAAGGAUACCUAAACAAUGCCUGGCCUCUGAUGGAGCCUGCGAGGAUGAAAUUUGCACUUUCAGAAGGAGAUCCUUGAGCACGGAGUCGAUGUUUCCCGGGAGGUGCUUGAGUGUCUGUUUUGAAAGGUACAUAACGAAAACAUCCUUCCUAGCUUCCCUGGGAAGCUGCUCUUGAAUCAAAGCCCAGACUCCCUUUCCGGACUCAGGAGGAGUGGGUUGGGUCUUCAGUCUGUUCUCACUGGGGAGCUCUGGCUUUAAUGUUGUGUGUGGAAAAUGCAAGGGGCUUUGCAAGGAACAGGGGCCUGACUACCCAUUCCUUGACUAAGCUCCUCUCCCCUCUUGAUGCAAAGAUGUUAAUCCAAAUAAAUGUUUAAUCUUUAGGGUUGGUUCUUAUCCAGAGUUGCGUAUUUCAGUGUCUCAUUGUGCAGCUGUGGCAGGUGGAGCAGCUGUUUCUCUGGAGGUCUGUUAGACCACUUCCUACCCCGACGUCAGAAAGUCGUCUCCCGGACAAAAAGGCCUUAUGUCACUGCUGGUACCUCAGCGUUCUCAUCCCAUUACAGUUUUCCUAGAACUCCGGGAUAGUGUUCAUACGUGGGAUAUAUAUUUUUUCAAAUUUUAAAUACAUGCAUCUUCUAAAAACUUGUAAAUUAGUCAAGUCUGAUAUUUUAAGUUUUAUGUUUUAGCAGAAUUUUGGAGAUAAGUGUGUUUCAGUUAUUUUGAGGUCAAUAUAAUCCAUCUCUAUCCAUCCCUCCACCCACCCACCCAUCCAUCCAUCUGUAUCUGUCCUUCAUCUAUCCAUCCAUCCAUCUAUCCACAGAGAUGUGUACCCCCUGAAACAAUACAUGAUUUUAUUUACAUAUGUCUUUGGGUUGUUUAUACACACGACCAGGCCAGGGUCUAGUGAAUGUGUUAAUGAUUGUGAGCGUGUGUGACAAAAAAGGGGUAUCUGCCACUUUCCUUUACUUGAAAAAGGAAUGGACCAGAAAGCAUGGGAUGUAGAUGUGAAGGUGAAACUAUUUUUUCGUCUGGAGGCACGACAGUUUACAGCCGCAGAUGGUUUCAUUCAGGCUUCUCUAAUAGGCUUGAAGGAAAACACUGAUUUCUUCACAGCUAUAAGGCUCAAGAAUCAGAGUCAUUCCUCCUUUAGCUCUGUCUUCCGGAUUGAAUUUCAUACUGUGUCUUUCCUUUCUCCAAAAAGGGAGCAAGGGGAAAAAAACCCUGGAAGCUAUGAAGGGAGAUGCCAAUAUUUAAUAGGGGGCUGUUAUACUAUUUCAGCUGCAUGUGGAAACAGGUAGCCAGAUGACCACAGGAAGCCCAGGGGCCUCAGAACUCCAUUCUCCUCCCUGAGCUCCCCCCAGACAAACCUCAGUUUGCCAAUCAACUAGACACUCAAAAAAUAAAGGGAUAAAUUAGUAGACAGGCAACCUGUUCACCAUCUUCUUUUGAUUAGAUACUCCUGGGAGUGUAACAGUUUUAACACAGUUGAAUGAAUGAGGACCCUCAGUUGCUAAUGAAAGAAACUGGCUGAUGAAAACCAGAAAACUGUAUCUAUGAAUAUCUCUCUCUCCCUCCCUCCCUCCCUAUAUACGGAAUAAUAUAAAUUAAAAAUCUGUGGAUAGACCUAAACAAUACUCAAGCAAUAUCAGAAACCUCUCUUUGUUCUUGGUCUCUGCUUUCCUCUGUGUUGGCCAUAUUCCCAAGCAGGCUCUUCACAGCCUGCAAACCCAUGGAAAGAGCUUAUUCUUUUCCAAUAACACUGGCAAAAAAAUCCUGCAAAGGUUUUCUAUAAAUGCUGUGUGGAUCACUGGUUCAUACCUGAACCAGUCUUUAUGACCGAGGAGCUGUGAAGGUCAGACUGGCCAGGCCUGGGUUGUGUGACCUCCGGAGCUAAGGGCUAGGUAAGCCAAUCCUGUGCAGUCUGCAAGGAUUCUGAAUGGGAACAAUGGGUGUCAAAUGGGGUGCUGUUACCAAAGGAAAUUAUGCUGGAAAAAAAACAAAAAAACCAACAACACAUGUGUCCAAGAGGGCAAGCCCAGACAUACCAAACUACUAUUCCAUUGUUUAUUAAAACAUUAAAUUUUGUUUGACCCCUCAACAAGUUCUAAUCAACUUUGUGCUCUAUGGACCAGGUAAAAAUAAUGUGAGCAGAAUGCUACUUUAUGAGGUAUGACCAGGUGGCUUCUGAAGAUAUCAAGAGCACUGAGCAAAAUGCAAGUGCUACUCAAAUAAAGUGGAAUUCGUUUUCAUAAGCCACCACUGAAUAUCAGU